AUGGCGCGGGCGGCCGGCGUGCCGGAGAGGGCGAGUGUCAAUCUGGACUUUGAAGCUCGCGUCCCGAUCCCCUUCAGUGUCUUCCCGUCCUCGUAUCGGAGUGACGCUGCCAAAGAAGAGGAUUCUCAGGUCAAGGUAGAGAGUGAAGUCCACCUCUCAGAAAAGACUUCGCGCGUCGGACGGGAAGGUCACGAAGGUCGCUACUCCGCCUCCGAAGCCCCCUCUGCCGCACCCAGUCGCAAGGAGCAACGCUUCGAAGAAGAAGUCCGCGUCUACGAGAAAGACCGCCACCGACCCUCCGCUCGCCGCGAAGAGGACAUCCGCAUCCACGAGCGCGACGACCGUCGCUACCCUCAGAGCGAGCGCAUUGAACGCGACCGCUACGAGCUAGACAUCGAGAGAGAGCGCUACCAGGAGCCCUACCAACGGUACGACGAAGCCCAGAUCAACGUCAAGGAUCGCACCUACGACGUCAACGACUUCCAAGAGCGCACCUACGACCGCGACUACCGCACCGUCCAAGGCUCGCCCAACAACUUCGCCCAGUCGCAGCUUGACGCCACUGAGCGUGACUUCCGCGAGCGCACCCGUCCCAUUGCUGACGAGUCCCGCUACGGUCGCGACUUUGAGGAGUCCCGCUUCUCGCAGACUGCGCAGGAGCAGCCCCGCUACGGUGGUCGCGCCCCAGAGGUUGCCGACACCCGUCACCCCGAGUCGGUUCGAGUAGAGUCCACGACCUCUCGGACGACUGUUGACCCGCCCAAGCACAAGCGUGACAUGGGAUAUUACGACGACGAAGGCCACUACCACAGCUUCCGUCACGGUCUUCACAGAGCCGCCGAUCGCAUUCUUCACCCCAUCCACGGCCACAGCCACCACUCUCACCACGACAAGCACGACCACCCUUCCGACAAGGAGGAAGUAGUCAUCAAGGAAACUUACACCGCCCCCUCUAAGCCGCGCGUGUCUGCCUCUGCUCCCCCCUCUGCUCCCUCCUCCGCCUUCUUCCCUGCACCCAGGCCUGCCCGUUCCACUUACACCGAGACCGCCCGCACCAGCGCCAUGUCUUCCGCCAACACCAUCACCGUCCCUUGCCACCACAUCCGCAUUGGCGACCUCCUGAUCCUUCAGGGCCGCCCUUGCCAGGUCAUCCGCAUCACCACGUCUGCUCAGACUGGUCAGCACCGUUACCUCGGUGUCGACCUCUUCACCAAGCAGCUCCAUGAAGAGUCGAGCUUCAUCUCCAACCCGGGCCCGUCGGUCAUCGUGCAGAACAUGCUCGGCCCGGUCUUCAAGCAGUACCGCGUCCUUGACAUCCGCGAGGAUGGUAAGGUCGUUGCCAUGACCGAGACUGGCGACAUCAAGCAGGGCCUGCCUGUGCUCGAUCAGAGCGGUCUGCUCAAGAAGCUCACCGACUCGUUCGACGACGGUCGCGGUAGCAUCCGUGUCCUCGUCAUCAGCGACUCGGGCACCGAGCUUGUCGUCGACUACAAGGUCGUCCACGGCUCCAGGCUGUAG